AUGGGAAGGGGACUGAGGGUCCCGGCUGGCCACAGGGCCGUUCCCCAUGGGGGGAAGGGGACCGAGGGUCCCGGCUGGCCAGAGGGCCGUUCCCCAUGGGGGGAAGGGGACCGAGGGACCCGGCUGGCCAGAGGGCCGUUCCCCAUGGGGGGAAGGGGACCGAGGGUCCCAGCUGGCCAGAGGGCCGUUCCCCAUGGGGGGAAGGGGACCGAGGGUCCUGGCUGGCCAGAGGGCCGUUCCCCAUGGGGGGAAGGGGACCGAGGGUACCGGCUGGUCAGAGGGCCGUUCCCCAUGGGGAACGGGACCGAGGGUCCCGGCUGGCCAGAGGGCCGUUCCCCAUGGGGGGAAGGGGACCGAGGGUCCCGGCUGGCCAGAGGGCCGUUCCCCAUGGGGGGAAGGGGACCGAGGGUCCCGGCUGGCCAGAGGGCCGUUCCCCAUAGGGGGAAGGGGACCGAGGGUCCCGGCUGGCCAGAGGGCCGUUCCCCAUGGGGGGAAGGGGACCGAGGGUCCCGGCUGGCCAGAGGGCCGUUCCCGAUGGGGGGAACGGGACCGAGGGUCCCGGCUGGCCAGAGGGCCGUUCCCCAUGGGGGGAACGGGACCGAGGGUCCCGGCUGGCCAGAGGGCCGUUCCCCAUGGGGGGAAGGGGACCGAGGGACCCGGCUGGCCAGAGGGCCGUUCCCCAUGGGGGGAAGGGGACCGAGGGUCCUGGCUGGCCAGCGGGCCGUUCCCCAUUGGGGGAAGGGGACCGAGGGUCCCGGCCAACCAGAGGGCCGUUCCCCAUGGGGGGAAGGGGGCCGAGGAGAAAGAUCCGCGGGGGACGAUCCGCGGGUCGAGGAGCCCGAGGCGGGGGGAGAGGAGCGCGAGGGGACCAAGGGGAUCGCGGUGCUCGGGCCGGGGGGAGAGGCGGACGCGGGACCACCGGAAGGGCAAGAGCCCCGCUGCUAG